AUGGGCUUCCAGAUAUCCGACCUCUGGCGCGAGCCGGUGCUCAACCCGGUGAACAAGAAAGCACGCAGCGUACCAAUCUUCAACCCAGUCGACAGGCAUGGCCGUGUCUUCUUCUUUUCCUGGCUCGGUUUCAUGCUGGCCUUCUGGGCCUGGUACACCUUCCCGCCCUUGAUGGACACGCCGCUAACCCGUCCCAAGUUGAGCGUCACCAUCAAGAAGGAUCUCGGCCUCAGCUCGGAGCAGGUCGCAAAUUCGAACAUCGUCUCGCUCGUGGCGACCCUGGCGGUUCGCUUCUUUGCCGGCCCGCUGUGCGACCAGUUUGGACCGCGCAAGGUGUUCAGCAUGCUCAUCCUGGUCGGAAGCAUCCCUAUCGGACUGGCCCCGCUGAUCAAGGACGCGACGGGCCUGUACAUCAUCCGCCUGUUCAUCGGCAUCCUGGGCGGGUCCUUUGUGCCCUGCCAGGUCUGGUGCACCGGCUGGUUCGACAAGAACGUCGUGGGCACCGCCAAUGCCCUGUCCGGGGGCUGGGGCAACGCCGGCGGCGGCAUCACCUACUUCAUCAUGCCGGCUGUGUAUGACUCGCUGUACCACCGCUGGGGCCAUACCCCCGACGUGGCAUGGCGCAUCACCUUUGUCGUCCCGCUGAUCUGCCUGAUCGCCUGCGGAGUCGGGCUCCUUCUCUUGUGCGAAGACACGCCCACGGGCAAAUGGAACGACCGCCACCUCAACGUCCAGCACAACCUCGAAUCGCACGGCAUCACCGACGCCAUCGUCACCGUCCCCGGCACCAUCGCCGACCGAGACCCAUCCAGCACCCUCCCCUCCUCAGGCAACACGUCGGACCUGGAAAAGGGAAAGUCCUCUGACGAUGUCGAGAAGCAGCCGCCGCAGAACACGCUUCGCCCGCUCUCGGCCCACGAGGCGCCCGUGACCAUCACCGAAGCGCUCGAGACGGCCCAGGGCGAGGUGAUCCAGAAGCCGUCGGUGCGCGAGGCCGUGCGCGUCAUGUGCUCGCUGCACGGCCUGUUCCACGUGGCGACCUACUUCUGCUCUUUCGGCGGCGAGCUGGCCAUCAACAGCGUGCUGGGCGCCUACUACCUCAAGAACUUCCCCGCGCUGGGCCAGACGCGCGCGAGCAACUACGCGGCCGUCUUCGGCUUCCUCAACUUUGUUACGCGCCCGCUGGGCGGCGUCGUCGCCGACCUGGUCUACACCCGCUUCGGCCGCAGCCUGUGGCUCAAGAAGAUCUGGAUCCACGUCUGCGGCCUCCUGACGGGCGCGCUGUUGAUGGUCAUCGGCUUCUUGGAUCCGCAUGAUCUGGGCACCAUGGUCGGGCUGAUCGUCCUGAUGGCGGUGUUCCUCGAGGCCGGGAAUGGCGCGAACUUUGCGCUGGUGCCGCACGUGUAUCCGUACGCGAACGGUGUGCUGUCUGGCCUGACCGGUGCCGGGGGUAAUCUGGGGGGUGUGGUGUUUGCGAUUAUUUUUAGGUUUAUGGAUAAUGGGUCGGGCUAUGCGAAGGCGUUUUGGGUCAGUGGGAUUAUUCAUAUUGCGAUUAACCUGGCCGUGUGCUGGAUCCCGCCUAUUCCGAAGGGGCAGAUUGGCGGUCGCUGA